AUGGUCAUCGUAUUGCCCCUCUUCAUGGUCUGGGGCCUCCAGCUGCGCAAAUCACAGAAAGUGGUUCUUGCCGGAAUCUUCUCCCUCGGCUUGAUAAUUGCCAUCUUUGACAUCCUUCGCACGGUUGAGUCUCUUCAAUCAGGCACCUUCUCUGGCGUUGCGCUGUGGUCGAGUCUCGAAGUCACCAUCGCGGUCAUGGUCGCGUCUUUACCACUCUAUCGAGUCCUGCUUACCAGCAAGGGAAGGAAGAGUCUAUUAUCUCGUGCCAGCAUGGGUCGUUACAAAGACAUGAGUGAUGGCCAGACCGGGGUCGACAGAAAAGGUUCUGACGGUCGAAGCUCGCGACCUAGUAAGCCAUCGGUCAGUACCUUUCGAGAUGACCUGGAAACACGCGAUUUGGCAUCAGCGGAUUGUGAAGCGCAAGGCCAGCAUUUUCCACUUGCUCACCUAUCACACUAA